AUGCAUCCUACACCGAGGAGUCCUCUCACACAGUUUAACCAGGGUACGCAACUCGUGAACUGCGUUUCACAUUGUUCCCUCUUUCAUUCUCCAUGUUCUCUCCCUUCUCUUUUUCCCUUUCUACCUUUCCUUACAUCCCUUCUGGACUCCAGGGGGAAGUGCUGUGUGACUCUGCUGAACGAGACAGAAGCCCUGAAGUCUUACCUGGACAGAGAGGAUGCCUUCUUCUACUCGCUGGUGUAUGACCCUCAGCAGAAGACCCUGCUGGCUGAUAAGGGGGAGAUCCGCGUCGGGAACAAGUACCAGGCCGACAUCACCGACCUCCUGAAAGAAGGUGAGGAAGAUGGCAGAGACUUGGAGAAACUAGAGGAGAAGGUCUGGGACUAUACCAGCCUACUGACGGAGAAACAGAUCGACCAGUUCUUAGUAGUAGCUCGGUCGGUAGGAACCUUCGCCAGAGCGUUGGACUGCAGUAGUUCAGUCCGGCAGCCCAGCCUGCACAUGAGCGCAGCUGCAGCCUCCAGAGACAUCACCUUGUUUCACGCUAUGGACACCCUCCACGCCACGGGCUACGACAUGACCCGGGCCAUCUCAGCGCUGGUGCCUCAGGGAGGGCCCGUCCUCUGCAGGGAUGAGAUGGAGGAGUGGAGCGCCUCGGAGGCCAACCUGUUCGAGGAGGCGCUGGAGAAAUACGGCAAAGACUUCACCGACAUCCAGCAGGACUUUCUGCCCUGGAAGUCCCUGACGAGUAUUAUUGAGUAUUACUACAUGUGGAAGACCACAGACAGAUAUGUACAGCAGAAACGAUUAAAAGCAGCCGAGGCCGAGAGCAAGUUGAAGCAGGUCUACAUCCCUAACUACAACAAGCCCAACCCCAACCAGCUGAGCAACAAUUUAAAACCAGCUCUGGUUAAUGGAGUGGCGGUUGCAGGUGUACCAGGGGUGCAGGGGGUCCCGGGGGUCCCAGCGAUGCAAGUUGUCCCAACGGUGCAAGGUGUCCCGGGUGUCCCAGGUUUGCCAGGUGUCCCAGGGGUCCCAGGAGUCCCAGGGGUCCCAGGGGCUCCAGGCACGGCGCAGAUCCCCGCCCUCGGCAGAGCCUGUGAAAGCUGCUACACCAGCAGCUCCUACCAGUGGUACUCGUGGGGACCUCCCAACAUGCAGUGUCGUCUCUGCGCUUCCUGUUGGACUUACUGGAAGAAGUACGGCGGGCUGAAGAUGCCCACAAGACUGGAUGGAGAGAGACCUGGACCUAACCGCAGCAGCAUGAGCCCCCACGGCAUCCCCAUGCGUCACAGCGGCAGCCCCAAAUGUGCAGUGAAGACGCGACAAGCUUUCUACCUGCAGACCACCGGCCUGACGCAGAUGGCACGGCGCAUCUGCCAUGACAUCAUCAGGCCGCGGUUUCUGGCCAGGCACCCCUACCUCCCUGUCAACCUAGCAGCUAUAAAGGCCGAGUGUGCCAUGCUGUUGCCAGAUGAGAAAAAAAAGCCUGCACCACUGAAACCUGUGGACCGUAAACCCCUGGAGUCAGUGGUGCGGUAUUUAG